GCGUUAGGGGCCCGACGGCCAGAGAGAGCCGGUGACUUCGAGAGUGAUACCACGCCGCUGCUGCACUGUGAUCAUAACGACUCAUGGCUUUAGCUCAGCAGUUAGCAGUCUGACAUUCACUGAGAUACAUUUUCCCGAUCCGAGAAGUGCAGAGUGGGUCUCUGUGGUUGUUGUUCACCUGUUCGUCAGCGGUAACCUGCACCGGCGGCUUAGCUUCAUAGCCAGUAGCUGUUAUAUAAAACUUCUCCGGCUGAAGGUUACAAUGAGGGAGGCACUGUCACUAGGUGUGCUGUUCUGCCUUGCUUUAGCACUGCUACCUUCUCCAGCAGCUUCAGUUGCUGUGAUGUCUGUAGACCUGGGGAGUGAAUGGAUGAAAAUAGCUAUAGUAAAACCUGGGGUGCCAAUGGAAAUUGCUCUUAACAAAGAGUCCAGAAGGAAAACGCCAGUGGCUGUGUGCUUAAAAGAAAAUGAAAGGCUUUUUGGGGAUGGUGCUCUGGGAGUGUCUGUUAAGAAUCCCAAAGUGGUGUACCGGUAUCUCCAGAACCUUCUGGGCAAGACCGCUGAUAACCCACAGGUUGUGCAGUAUCAGAAACACUUCCCUGAACACCUGAUGGAGAGAGAUGAAAAGAGAGGAACUGUGCUUUUCAAAUACUCUGAGACGAUUCAGUAUACUCCAGAGGAGAUCUUGGGCAUGGUUCUGAACUACUCUUGUGGGUUGGCGCAGGACUUUGCAGAACAAGUCAUUAAAGAUGCCGUGAUCACCGUCCCAGCGUUUUUUAACCAGGCAGAGCGUAGGGCAGUCUUGCAAGCAGCUCAGAUGGCAGGUCUGAAGGUCCUUCAGCUCAUCAAUGACAAUACUGCUGUGGCUUUGAAUUAUGGAGUCUUCAGGAGGAAAGACAUCAACUCAACUGCACAGAACAUCAUGUUUUAUGACAUGGGCUCAGGUAGCACAACAGCCACUAUCGUCACCUACCAGACAGUGAAGACCAAGGAAGCCGGCACCCAGCCCCAGCUGCAAGUCCAAGGAGUCGGGUUCGACAGGACGCUCGGUGGCUUCGAGAUGGAGCUGAGGCUCCGGGACCACCUGGCCAAGAUCUUCAACGAGCAGAAGAAAUCAAAGAAGGAUGUGAGGGAGAACCUGCGUGCCAUGGCCAAGCUGCUGAAGGAGGCGCAGAGACUCAAGACUGUGCUGAGUGCCAACGCGGAGCACAUGGCUCAGAUUGAGGGGUUGCUGGAUGACAUCGACUUCAAAGCUAAGGUGACCCGUGCCGAGUUUGAGGCUCUGUGUGGCGACCUGUUUGACAGAGUGCCAGGACCGGUGCAGCAGGCGCUCGCUGCUUCAGAGAUGUCUCUGGAUGAGAUUGAGCAGGUCAUUUUGGUUGGCGGAGCCACUCGAGUUCCCAGGGUUCAGGAAGUUCUCCUCAAAGCAGUGGGGAAAGAGGAGCUGGGGAAGAACAUCAACGCCGAUGAGGCAGCAGCUAUGGGCGCCGUGUACCAGGCUGCAGCUCUCAGUAAAGCGUUUAAAGUCAAGCCUUUCCUGGUCCGAGACGCAGCGGUCUUCCCAAUACAGGUGGAGUUCAGCCGCGAAACCGAGGAAGAUGACGGUGGGAAGGGUAUGAAGCACAAUAAGCGCAUUCUGUUCCAGAGGAUGGCGCCAUAUCCUCAGCGCAAGGUCAUCACCUUCAACCGCUACACAGACGACUUCAGCUUCUACGUCAACUACGGAGACCUUAGUUUCCUGAGCCAGGAGGACCUAAAAAUGUUCGGGUCUCAGAACCUGACCACGGUGAGGCUGUCUGGAGUGGGCGACAGCUUCAAGAAGCACUUGGAUGCUGAGUCCAAAGGCAUCAAGGCCCAUUUCAACAUGGACGAGAGUGGUGUGCUCAUUCUGGACAGGGUGGAGUCAGUGUUUGAGACUGCGGUGGAGGAGAAGGAGGAAGAAUCUGCUCUCACUAAACUGGGAAACACAAUUUCCAGCCUGUUUGGAGGUGGGAGCUCCGAGCCCAGUCCCAAUGUGACUGAACCGGUGCAGGAUGAGGAGGAGGUGCCUCCUGAGGCAAGCAAAGACCAGGAUGCCACGGAGGAAAAGCCGGAGGAGACUGCCCAGGAUAAGGCUGAGACGGAUGACCGGGACCAGGGAGAGAAGAGCGAAGGCAAGCCUCAGAUGGAGGAGAAAAAAACAGACGACGAAGGUGCCGAUAAAGAGGAGCCCCAGCAGGCAGAGAAGGAUGCAGAGAAGUCAGAAAAGUCUGAAGGGCAAAUGAAUGUGACGAAAGAAGCAGAGGAAGCUGCAGAGACGAAACCCAAAGGCCAGAAAAAGAGUAAAAUCUCUGUGGAUAUUGGAGUGGAGCAGGAGGUUAAUGACGUGCUCGAUCCCAACUCGGAAGACAUCGACGCCUCUCGAAAAAAGCUACAGGAUCUGACUGACCGUGAUUUGGAGAAACAGGAGAGGGAGAAGACCCUGAACAGCCUGGAGGCGUUUAUCUUUGAGACUCAAGAUAAACUGUACCAGGAUGACUACUUGGCUGUGGUGACCGACCACGAGAAUGAGGAAAUCUCCAACAAGCUGAGUGAGGCGUCCGCGUGGAUGGAUGACGAGGGAUACGCGGCGGGCACCAAGGAGCUGAAGGAGAAGCUGACUGAGCUCAGGAAGCUCUGUAAGGCCAUGUUCUUCCGCGUGGAUGAGAGGAGGAAAUGGCCCGACAGGCUGGCGGCACUCGACAGCAUGCUCAACCACUCCUCCAUCUUCCUGAAGAGUGCUAAAAUGAUUCCAGAAGAUGACCAGAUUUUUACUGAAAUUGAGCUGAAGACAUUGGAAAGAGUCAUCAAUGAGACUAUGACCUGGAAGAACAAUACUGUCGCUGAGCAGGAGAAGCUCUCCCCUACCGAGAAACCCAUCCUGCUGUCUAAAGACAUCGAGGCCAAGCUCUCGCUCCUGGACAGGGAGGUGAACUACCUGCUGAGCAAGGCCAAGUUCGCCAAGCCAAAGCCCAAAGCGAAACCUAAAGACAAGAACUCCACGAGCACAGAGAACGGCAAAGGCAACGUCACAGACGCGGAGAAGGUCGUCCUUCCCAAGGAUGAGGCAGAGGCAGGUGUGGAGGUGAAGCCAGCAGAAGAGCCCCCCACUGAAGAGAAUAAAAAAGAGAAUGUUGAGGAGACGGAGUCUAAAAUAACUGAAGGAACGGAAGACGCAGGAACAUCGGAGAACAGUAAUUCAGACAACCAUAUAGGAGAUGAAUUAUAACAACUGGAAUUCGUUUUUUGUUGUCGUCGUAUUUAUUGACUGUGUUAAAAGGGUUUAAAUCUUUUUGGUUUUUCUCCACGCACAACCAAACAGAUCAUCGCAUCACCUUUUAAAUACUGUAAAAAUUUUUGGUUCUAGAGUGUUUUCUCUAUCUGAAGUGUGGCUUACUCGGAUUGACUGAAAUCUAGAGGCAUUGUGAAGAGAGCUCAUGAACUCUGGAACUGUGGAGGUUAGAUUUGAAAUGUACAUAACGCGGCCAGUUAGCUUCUCCUUGCUCUGUGAAUGUUUGAUUUGUAGAACAACAACAAAAGGAUCUUGCCCCAAAGAAUAUUUCCCUUAUGUCAAUUACUUUGAACCUUUUGUGUUCGAGUCUAAAGUUCCACAUUUGCUGAAUCUGAGAAAGUAGCAGGAUCAGAUGAUUUGAGAAAUGUGUCCAAACCAUCUGGGAUUGGAGUGGCCUUUCCCC